GAUAUUAACUCUAUUUUUUAAGGGAGAAAGCCCAUUAAGUUAGCUUGCUAACUGGGUUUUCACGAGUCGCCCAUGCCUUACACUACCGCAUGGGCCUGGCUCAGCCCACCAAAAUCGACAGUUAAAAAUCUUAAAUCUCAUAAUUAAAUUUAAUUAAUCUGGACAAUAACUGAUAAGUAGUUUUAUAAAUUAAUCACUCGAAGGAAGAAGAGACGAAGAUGGCGAACCCUAGGAGGAUAGUGACGGAGAAUCACCACAGAUUCUCACCGUUAAUCAACCUCCUGAAGAAGCCUCAAGCGUUUCCUCUGCUCCUCUCCUUCUUCCUCUUCCUCACGUGGAUCACUCUCAGGCUACAACACUCUUCUUCUCACCUCUCCUCGUCUUCUUCGCAUUCAAAAUCGGCAGUUAAGAGCCGUCGUAAUCAUCUUAAUCCCGAUUCGGAAGUUGUAGACGAAGACGAUAAGGCUAAUCUAGUCCGGUUCGAUACGACGUCACUUUCGGCGGUUAGAAAAGACGAUCGUGGAUGGUUGCUUGAUCCCGUGGCUCUUGCUCGUGAUUCUCGGCUCCACGGUGGAGCAGAGUCGUGUGUUUCGAUUCAUGUUGGUGAGAUCAAGCCUGGUGAAUUGAGGGGAAACCAUAGGCACCAUACUUGUAAUGAGACGUUUGUUUUAUGGGGAGCCAAGACAAGAUUCAGGCUGGAGAAUGACAAGGUGGAAAAAGGCUACGCGGAAGUGUUAAUUGGAGAGGAUGAAGUAGCUGUAGCGGUUAGUCCGAGUGGCACGGCACAUGCUAUAGUAAAUGUUGAUCCUGUGCGUUCUACUUUCUUAAUUGGCUGCCAAGACAGUAGUAUGCACAACAGCUCAAGUAGCGACUACAAAGUAUGGAAAGAUCUUUAAUCCAUAUCUUUGUUUUCGUUUCUUCAUUUUGAUUUUCAUCACUUCUUCCAAUGUAAUCAGCUUCUCUGGUGUUUCUUUCUUUCGAGCUCUUAUUUGUAUAGAAUAGGCUUUGUUUCUGUGAUUAUAACCCGGAAACUUCCAUUGUCUAGUUUUCAUUGACAUGUUUCAUGGUACUACAUGCCUUACCGCUUUGAUUACACGUGUGGGCCAUUAAGAUAUCACCACUUAGACCACACAAAUAAAAAAUAACUACUCUGAACAGCAUGCUCCACGCACAAG